ACCCCCGACCGGCGGUCACCCCCACCCAUCCCCGACCGGCGUUGCAGGUCGAGCCACCCAUCCCCGACCGACGCUGCAGGACGCAACAGCAACAGCGCAGACCGGCGGCAGCAGCAGCGCGUGGCUGGCAGCUGCAAUAGGUGGCCGGCAACAGAGGGAGUAUACAUCUGGUGGUUUGGGCUUAACUCCAAGUUGCAAUAUUGGUGAGGGAGGUACUGCUCUUGCUGAGGCCGUGCAAUCAGGGAGGUUCAGCUCCUGAUAUUGCCGUAAAGGGUUGAUUUUGCGGGCUAGGCAACUGAGGAAGCUGAACAUCUAAAAAAGUUGAUACAAGCUUCUUUCAUCAAAGUAGGAGAUAAGGUUAAUAAAGCAGUUUAAGAAUGAUAGCAGCUAUUUCAUGGGUUCCCAAAGGGGUUGCAAAGUCUGUACCAGCUGAGGCUGAUCCACCUUCAAAGGAGGAAAUUGAACAGAUUUUGAAGAGUGGUCUUCUUGAUAAACGUGAAGAUAGUGAUGAGGAGGAGGCUGAAGAAGAUAUGAAUGUUGAUGAAUCCGAGGAAAAUGAGGAUGAUGAAGUUGCUAUUGCAUUAGCUGCUGCUGAUGCACUUGGAAAGGCUACGCAAGUUUCUUCUGCAGGAACUGAUGACAUAAUAGAUGGUUUAAAGGAACUGGACAUGGACAACUACGAUGAAGAGGAGGAGGGAAUUGAGCUUUUUGGUUCAGGACUCAAAGACUUGUACUACGCAAGUAAUGACAUGGACCCAUAUCUCAAGGAUAAGGACAAUGACUCUGAAGAAGAUGAUGACAUGAUAAUAAGACCUGAUGAUUUUGUUAUAGUUUGUGCGAGCAAUGAGGAUGAUGUCAGUCAUCUCGAGAUAAUGAUUUUGGAAGAUCUAUCAGAUGCUGAAACAAACAUGUAUGUUCACCAUGCUCUUAUUAUACCUGCAUUUCCUCUCUGCACAGCAUGGCUUGAUUGCCCUAUUAAAGGCGGGGAGAGAGGUAACUUCAUAGCUGUGGGUUCAAUGGAACCAGCAAUUGAAAUUUGGGACAUUGACAUAAUAGAUGAGGUGCAACCAUCUGUUAUUUUAGGUGGCAUCGCUGAUAUAAAGAGAAAGGGAAAAAAGAAAUCUAUCAAAUACAAGAAGGAUAGCCACAAGGAUGCAGUACUUGGUCUUUCUUGGAACAAGGAAUAUAGGAAUAUACUUGCUAGUGCUAGUGCUGAUCAUACCGUCAAGGUUUGGGAUGUGACUACCGAAGCCUGUAAUCUCACUAUGAAUGACCAUACUGACAAGGUUCAAGCAGUUGCAUGGAAUCCAUUUGCUCCACAGAUUCUUCUGAGCGGGUCAUUCGAUCAUACAGUUUGCUUGAAGGAUGGGAGGAAACCCUCUCACAGUGGAUUUAAGUUUUCAGUUGGUGCUGAUGUUGAAAGCUUGGCUUGGGAUCCGCAUUCGGAGCAUUCAUUUGUGGUCAGCUUGGAGAACGGUACCGUUACUAGUUUUGAUAUCCGUGCUGCUAGUUCUGCUUCGACUUCUGAGACAAAGCCAAGUUUCACCAUCCAUGCUCAUGAUAAAGCAGCGUCCUCGUUGUGCUUCAAUCCUCUAGUCCCAAAUCUUCUUGCAACUGGCUCCACGGACAAGAUGGUUAAAUUAUGGGAUUUGACCAACAAUCAACCUUCUUGUAUCGCAUCUAGGAAUCCGAAAGCUGGAGCCGUCUUCACUGUAUCCUUCUCAGAUGAUUGCCCUUUUUUUCUUGCUAUUGGUGGCUCUAAAGGAAAGUUGCAGCUAUGGGAUAUUUCGUCUGAAGAUGCCGUGUUGAAGAAAUAUGGGAAAUACGUUGCACAGAAAAAGCAGUCGCCCAAAUCAUAAUGCAAAUGUAUUUAUGGAGAUAUUGGUUCUGAGUUCUAAAAGUGAAAUUAUUGCCCCCCAUUAUUUACAUAUGAGCAUGGAAAAUUUUGCUGUUGCUGCACAUUGCCUGGACCAAGUGAAAGAGGAAAGUGAAGAGUUUGGUGGAAUCAAGAUAGCUGUGUGUAUUUUUUCUUGGACAUAACCAACACGAGUUCAUUGAACGUAUCGUAAUGGAGAUCAGGUAGAGUUAUCUUGUACUUGUGUUGGUUGAAGGUAAUUAGAUUUUCGAUGAUGUAUUAGUUGACGUCUAGCUAGCUGUUCGAACACCAUCAUUAUCUAGGAAAAGAAAAUACAUUUAAGAUGUUGGUUGAUUUUUUUAUUUAUCAAAGUCCAGGGUAAAAUAUGAAA